CUCCUCACAAAGAAAUCCCAACCUGGGAUGUAUGAAGUCUGACGAAGCCGCCAUUUCAGAGCGCAAAGGAGCUGGAGAAGCAGCAGGAAAUUUUGUACAUUUUUUAUUUUUCUAAUAUAUUUUUUAUUUUUCUUAGCAAGUAGUAAAUCUAUAUUACUUCUUUGAAUCUACCUCGCCUGCAACGCCGCUUGAAAUGGAUGCAGACACUGAAGAAACCUCAAAGACUUGCAAGGAUGAAUCUGAGAGAUCCAUAAAUGAAAACAAAGCCAGGGGACGUGGGUUCAGAGGUCGUGGUCGAGGAGGUCGGAUGAACCGAGGUGGCAUGCGUGGUGGACGAGGCAUGAUAAAAGGCUUUGGUCCACCUGGACAUGGGAGGGGUCGAGGGAAGGAUGGAGCCAUGAAUGGAUUUGCACCCAUGAGAGGAAUGGGGAGGAUGCGACCUUACCCAGAUAUGAGAGGUCAUCGAGGCAGGGGUGGACCCAUGGGCAUGGGCCCUCCUCCCCCUCCUCCUAUGCACCUCAGAGGUCCCUUCCCACCCAUGCCCAGACCCCCUCCACCUCCUCCUCCGGGUCAUCCCGGUUUCAGAGGGCGUCCACCACACCCUCGUGGCCGCAGCAUGCCACCCCCUGGGCCUCCACGCCACUUCCACCCCCGAGGUCCAAGAGGCUACCACAAUGGACCGGUCUCUCCUCCGCCUCACCUCCCACCUGGCAGAGGCCAGAGGUGGCCAGGGCCCCCUGGUGGCCGACGCUUUUAACACAGCCUGCCCUAAAAACAAUAACCAAGCACUUGUUAAUAUAGACGGGGCCUAAAGAGGUGCAGUGAAUGAAACGCCCCUGAAUUGUGUGUUAUACAAAGUCUCUGAGUAUCUUCAUGACAUACUCUGUAGCCAAAUGUCUGGUUAUUAAUGUCUACUGGCAAAUGAAUAAUGUGAAAAUGACUAAUGACAACCGAGGACACACAAAAUGCCUCACACCUUAACAAUGUAAAGGCAUCCUCACGUUCUGUUACCUAUGUCGUUAAAAGGAAUACUGUUGAUACUGAAGGGACUAUUUGAUAUUGUUGAGAAAAAGUUGUUAAAAAAAAAAACGAGAUUGAAAGCAAACAAAUUCUUGUCUAAGUUCAUUAACUGUUCUGUGGUUCUUGUUACAGUCACCCUGUGAGCCUUAAGAAAAUUUCCUGAUUCUUAAUAAAGAAUAAAAAAAUGGGUGACAGAGUAUGUUUAAGAUGGGGGUAAAAUGAGUAAGAGUGCACAACAGCCCUCAAGUUAACUAGUUUAGCACACGUUGGACCUCCCUAACCUUUCCUUUUGUUACAUGGAAAUAGUUAUGUAUUAUAACCUCACCAAGCAGUGCAGCAAAUAUUGUUUAACAGAUUCACUUACACAUUUCAAGUGAUAUGACAAUAUUCCAUUUGUCAAGUAUUCAUGAGUAUUUAAUUUUAUAUUUUAUAUCUUAAAUGUGCAGCUAUUUUAAGUUAUGAGUAUUGCUGUUUGGAACAUCAGUGUUUGUCUUCAGCAAUCUAUUGUGUAAUGACAAAAAGGAAAAGGCAUUAUAAAGGAAUAGUAUACUGAAAUAUAUCUAGUAGCUUUUAUAAAUGAAAGCAAAUUCCAUUAGUAUUUGCCUCACUUAUGGAUACAACAUUACUAUUUACUGUGUUUAGUUUUUUGAAGUGUAAUAAAUACUUUAUUCACUGUAAGUAACAUAACUUUUGUGAACCUGUGAAUGUGUUUUAUGAGAAACGUCAAGACAUAUGCGAUAGCCGUGCAGAAAAAAAAAUAAAACUAAAAAAGAAACUCAA